AUGGCCACCGUUGCCCAGUAUCCGCUGCCUGCAACUACUCCUCGAGAGUCUCUGACCAGGCGCGAUCGAAUAUCCCCAGAGGGGCCAUGCAACUUUCGUCACCUCACGUCUGGAUCUAAUGCCCCUCUGUGCGGCUGUAGGCGAUUUUGGGACUCGAGCUUGGACCCGCACACAAAUCGGAAUGAUCAGAGUAUCAGUGCGGCGCAAAAUGGCUGGUGCAUGUGUGGACAUCAUGCCUGCUUUCAUGAUAUGGAUUCCGGGGUGCAACAUUAUUCGGUGACUGGCUUCCCCUCGAAGACGAGCACAAGCGGGAUUCGCUCUGAUCUCCAAGAGCUUGCGGAUUCUAACCAGAAACAUGGCCGAAAUCCAUCAGCGGAAGGCGACAAGGUUAGUAAGGAGGAUGCUUUCAGGCCGUAUUUUAAACCUCCAUCGGUCGGCAGGAGCAAUUCGGACUGGGCACACGAAGCAAAUGAGAAAGAUGCUGGGGACUUGAAGAGCAGUCCUUUCCAGAAGCGGCAUAAUACUCAAGAAAACCCGAGCGCGGACCCUUUUGCGCUGGAUGGUCUUUCAGCUCUUCAGACUAGACGCGGAAUGAGAAGCGUGUCUUCGCCAUCCGUGGGCGCAUCCCACCUUCCUCCCAUACCAUCGCAAUGCCUUCUUCGACCUGGAGAGCUCGAACCGCUCAACAUCCAUCUCAAUUCUCGGUAUAAUGGUGCAAAGAACUUAAACGAGAGCCAUUCUACAGCUCUAAACUCUUAUAAUCCUCAUGAAAGAGACCUGGCGACGCCAACACAAAGGAUUGAAGAUGAUACUCUGCGGCUGUUCUUGGCAGCACAUACAGCCAAGGGAGACUCACACCGGGAAGCUCAGGUUGAGAGAUCCAAUGGACUCGAGGAGAGACAGCAUCUGCUUCCUCGUCCACACGAACUCUCGGCCUUGCCCACCAGUCAACGAUAUGACUGGGCUGCUAAAGGUGGCAAUAGCCAACACUCCCAGCAUGGGUCGAAAAGGGCAAUUAAUGAUGUCUUCAGCUCUGGGAGAGCGUCUAUUAGGCCUGGGCUUAAUUCCACAACCAUCAGGCAAAACCCACGAUGUGGGAGUCGUGAAACGCCUAAGCCCAUGGAUGAGUUUAAUCAAAGUGCUACUGAAAUUGCCACUCCAACUCGGCUCGAGUUCUCAAAUUUGCCCCCCUUCACAAAGGCGUUGGACCAUGUCAAGGCAUGGGUAGAUGCUCACAGUGAGGAAGCAAAAGGGUCUCAUAUAGAAAUAGGGAAAUCCGAGGCUCAAGUACUUCCAAUAAUAUCAGCCCCGCUGGUCAACGAUAAAUGUGGAACCCAUACCGAGCCCACUGUAAAUCAGAAGGGAGCAACUCAUGCCGACGAUACGUGGAAAUUGGAUCCUAAUGUGGCUUCCCUUUCCAGUCUUUUACCUCAUUUACAGCUGCUGGUUAGCAGGCUGACAGAAUACCCAGCUCUGUGGUCGGCUCUGGAAGCCUACAAACAUCGUCUGGAUGCCCUAGAAUGCGCUUCCUACUCUCAUGGAGUGUCUGAGGAGCUUCAGGAAAAGUUUGAUAUGCUUGACGGGCGGCUUACUGAACUGGAAGGGAAAGUUGAGGAGCACGAAAAGCUGCAUGCAGAUUUUGACUUUCUGGAGGCGAGCCGGCCGAGUCGGACCUCGGUACGAAAGCGAGUUCAUGGUGGAGUUGCUGGAACCGAGUGCUCCGUCAGUUCGGAUGGCUCUUCUGAUGCUCACUCGGAGCUAUUAUCUUCGGCGAGGGUCUCUGCUGCCUUAGACCGGAGCGGGCUCCCUGAUCGCCUUGAAGACAUGGGAUCCCGAAUACAAGCAUUAGAGACGUCUGCGCCUCCCUCAUACGACAAUCCUUAUGAACUCGAAGUGAUCUUCUUGCCCUGGGGUCCGGGUUUAAAAGGCAUCUGGUACCCCCCGGAAGAAUUAUCCAAUGGUGAACUGAGUAGCACAGCGAUCACAGAAGAAUGGGCUGAUCCGCAAUUUCGUGAUUCCCUGAGCAGCUCUCUCAGUAGAUCGCGCUCAAGCGGAUAUGACGGAUGGGACGGUGAUCCGAUCCGGAGUUGGGCAGAUGGCCCAGAUGAAUGGCUAGUGCCGCGCGCCAGCGCUCAAAACAGUACGAUCUAUCGCCGGUUGCAAAGUAGAGGGUUCGUUCGAAACGUGCAGAUUCUAGGAUCAACGGCCAAGGAAGUCAUUAGUGCUGUGAGCAGUGCUUUUGGCGACAUUCUGGAUGAUCGGACUUUUGAGAACCAGUCAAACAAAGAAGAUAUCGGCGAGCUCAAGAAGCCUAAAAGCUGUGAUUCAGAUUGCAUGGUUGAAAUUGAGAGAACUGAUGCAUAUGAAAGACAAGGUACCUGCCAAGGGAUGAGGAAACAGUCAUCGAAGAACAAGAUUCCACUUCUCGGGCUCCGGGCGCCUUUUAUACCUCUCCGAAAAAUUCAUAAGGAUUCGCGACUUCGUUUCUUAGAUCCGGAUGAGCUUGUUACUCCAGCUGUUUGGACAAGUGAUUUUCUAAGCCGAACCGUUGUGAUGCGGGCCGCCGGUGGAGCACGAAGGCUGUUUAUAACUAAUCGGCAUGGGUACCUGCAGCCUCGCCCUCGCGACUGCUUGGCUUGGACGUGGCAAAUGCUUAGAGAGCUCCCGCGAGUUCAUCUGGACGAAAAUGGUGAGCAACGAGAAGAGGCGGUCCCCGAAGCGGACGCCAAAGAAGCUUGUUGGCAGUGGGAUCCUCGUUUGGACCCUCCAACGAGCGCAGCCUCUUCAUUUGCAUCUGAUUCAUCUUUGUACUCAACGUUAAGUAUUCGUCCUUCGCGAUUGGCCCAGUCUGUACGCUCAAAAAAUUCCCUUUCGCCGUCACCGAAGCUUCGGGAGCCUACUCCGUGUGGGGAUGGUCAUGCUAUGCCCAUCUCUCCUCUCUCAGAAUUUCCUGUUGAUCGUUUGGGUUACCUUCGACGAACAAAUUCUCUCAGUCUGGGCGAUUCUGGAAGCGCGCUCAGUCCAUCGUUCAAACGACGCUUGGUCGCUUCGCAGGUGGAAAGUGCCCCUUCCAAAACAUUGUCAAAGCGGAGGCGCGUAUCAUAUUCACCAACAUUUAUCCCAUCACGAGAUCAGAAUAUCACCGAACCCUGGCGGCAGCGAUGCAAGUCUCCUAGCCCAUUCUUCUCCGAGGUCGCGGAUGGGCGAAGCCAACUGGCAAUGGCAGGCGUCAAACGGGGCACAACACCUUUUGCGUACGCAACACCUCAUAGUGGACCGGUGGCAAUGAUAUCCGAGCCUUCUUCAGGAAAACCUGCAUCUGCUGUCGCCAGCGACAACAACACAGAAAUUCUCAUUGACAACUUUUGCCACAAGACUGAGCCGGAAGAGGAGGUGUGGGAAGGAGUAGCCGACGAGGAUGCUAGCCAGCAUUUGGCAUCGCCAGAGGCUGCUCACAGUGAUGACGACAAUAUGCUGACAUAUUCACCCUCUUUGUCGGAGCAAUCAUACAGCGCUUAUGAGAGCGACUACGACAGUAGCGAUGAUAGUGAAGCCGAAUGA